AUUCCUUUCCUCCCCCCUCCCACACAUGCUCCCCCGCACGUGCAUCCCCCUCUUCUCUGGUGCAACAAAUUAAAGUUAGAGAGAGAAAUACUCACUUAUUCAAGGAUUAUUUUUAAUCUUUUUUCUCUUGGUCUUAGUGUUAUUAUGGUAGUGUUUGGUUUUGCGCACAUACCUUUCCCCUCUCUCUCUUUCUCUCCCUCUUUCUCUCUAUCUCUUUCCUUUCUGUCCUGAAGAAAUCUGACCUUCAAAUAUCACUUCCGGCCUCUUCUUCUCUUCCCUUCUCUGCACAAACCUUUUUUUUCAGAAGGAGAAAUCUUUUUUCCUGCACCCAUGAGGAUUAGGAAACGACAGGUCUCCUUUACUCAAUCUUCUCUUUCUCCUGCACUACCUCUUUCAGAUCCCCACUUCAGCCGCUCUCCGGUGGUGCAACUUCAACUCAACACCAACCCACUUCAGAUUCUCCCUCAACAAGAUCAUACACCUAGCUUUCUUGAUCUUCAGUCGUUUGAUCAACCGAUCGGAGGUGGAACCAACACCCAUGUUUGCUCUGAUGGUUCUGAAGCUCAGGAGUUCAAGAAGGAGGUCAAAGAUUUUCAGUUUUUGUUGCAGAAAGAUGAGAGAGGAGGAGAAGGAGAAAGGAGUAAUGAUUCCAGAUGGGGAAGUUUUCUGAGUGCAGAAACAGAAGUUAUGGUUCAUCAACUACCAAAUUCAUCCCAUCAAGUCGGGAGAUGGUGCGAGGGAGAGAAAGCAUUUCCGUUGAAGAAGAGAAGAGGGAACUUUGAAAGAUCGAAAGAAGAAACAACAGUAGCCAAAGUUAAGAAAAUGAAGACGAAAAUGAACAAGAAAUGCCUACAACAAACUGGUAAUCAAGAAGUAGAAGAAGAAGGCAAGGAAACCAAAGAGGGUAAUGCUGAUACUACUCCUAAUAAUAUCGGCAAAAAGAAGGUAAGAGGUGGUGCACUCAUGGAGGGAUCACGGUGCAGCCGUGUCAAUGGAAGAGGAUGGAGAUGUUGCCAACAGACUCUUGUGGGAUACUCUCUAUGUGAACAUCAUCUCGGAAAAGGAAGGCUCCGAAGCAUGACCAGCGUUCGAAGCCGAUCAAAAAAAGCUAUAUCAUUAGGAAGCAGCUCAUUAUCAUCAGAAGAUAAAGAAAGCAAAAAUCUUUUUCCAGAAGGUGAUGAUGAUGAAAAGAAGCCACCAUUGAUGGUGUCUAAGAAGAAGAUGAAGCUAGGCAUAGUGAAAGCUCGAUCAAUAAGCAGCUUGUUAGGCCAAGCAAACAAUGCAAUUGCUGUAGCAGAGAAUAACAAGUAGGAUUUGAACGCAGAAUCAGGAUGAUUUCAUGUUGUUUGUUUGAAAGUAAAGUGAAGAUUUGAGUCUCAUGUUGCACCUAGUGCAACAAUUUUUAAGUUCCGUUUGGUGCUUGAGAUUCUUUAUGAAGAACAUAAGGAUGGGUUUUAAGUAUAUAUUUUCUUUCCACUGUUUUCUUUUCCUGGAAAAUUUUUCUUCUCAUUGUUUUA